CGAUAUAAGAAGUAAAUGAAAUUUCUGUAGUUACUCAGGUCUUAUCUAUGGCCUAACCUCUUUAGUAAUGGCGGAUUUGACAAGAGCCUCCUUUCAUGCUGAUGCUUAUGGUGGUGUGAGCGUGGCCAAUAUAUUCGGGUUAAAAUGGUUGAUGAAUUUGAUGAUGUUCAAGAUAACGUAGGAGGUCUGCAAAUUGCGGAACUACCUGAGAUCAAGUUAUUUGGAAAAUGGGUGUGCGAAGAUGUCCAAGUCAAUGAUAUCUCAUUGCAGGAUUACAUUGCAGUCAAGGAGAAGAAUGCUAAGUAUCUCCCUCACUCAGCUGGAAGAUAUGCCGCUAAACGUUUUAGGAAAGCACAAUGUCCUAUUGUUGAAAGGUUGACGAAUUCCCUCAUGAUGCAUGGUAGAAAUAAUGGAAAGAAAUUGAUGGCAGUUAGGAUAGUGAAACACACAUUUGAGAUUAUUCAUCUCUUGACUGGUGAAAAUCCUUUGCAGGUUCUGGUUUCGGCCAUCAUCAAUUCUGGACCAAGGGAAGACUCAACCCGUAUUGGUAGAGCUGGUACAGUAAGGAGACAGGCUGUGGAUGUGUCUCCUUUAAGGAGAGUGAACCAGGCUCUGUGGUUACUCUGCACCGGUGCCAGAGAGGCUGCAUUCAGAAAUAUCAAAUCAAUUGCUGAAUGUCUGGCUGAUGAGCUCAUCAACGCUGCAAAGGGAUCGUCAAAUUCUUACGCCAUCAAGAAGAAGGAUGAAUUAGAGAGAGUAGCCAAAUCUAACCGUUAAUUUUUUUAUCUGUAUGAUAAUGUAAGGAAUAAAGUUUUCUUAUUCCAUCAA